AUGGGAAUUUCAACUGAUCCCAUGAGAAAUUUAAUCUUAGCAUCAAAGGAAUGGUGGGAUGAAAAAAUAAAGGAAGAUAAAGAGUAUGCUAAGUUUAAGGAUAAGAAUCUGGAUGUAUAUCAGACAUAUUAUGAGGCUUUAUUUCGGGAUACCGUAGCUGUUGGAGACAAGGCUAAGGUACCUUGCGAAUUUGGCAAUGGUAGCACUCCGGAUGAUGUACAGUUUGUGGAUAUUACGGAUGGAAAAGUGGAUACUGACGAAGUCCGCUUAUUUGAAGAUGUUGAGCCUUUUCUCACAUAUGAUAGUUCUAGUAUGAAAAGGAGGGGAAAGAAGUUAACUCCCAGGAGUGACAACAAAAGAAAACUUAUAAGGAAAAAUGAAGGAAAAAAUGAAGGAAAAAGUAUGGCAAACUCGUCAUAUGAAGAGAAACUAGACACUGUUUUUGAUGUUUUGUUAACAAGGAGCACUCAACCCUCUAAACAAACCACACAAUCAACCACAACAGAAGAUUGCAUGGCAAUUGUCUCUACUUUCCCGGGUUUUGAAGAAGGCUCAAAAUGA